AUGCGCCGCGUGCAACAGCGCCGCUUCCUCAACGCGCACCGCCUCUUCGGCGUCAGCAAAAUCCAGAAGACACUGCGCCGGAUCGACCCGGAGCGCAGCGCCGAUGCCAUCAAGACGCUCAUCUUCCAGUCCGACGCCCGCGCCGCGGACCCCGUCGGCGGCUGCGUCACCAUCAUAGAGAACCUCCGGAGGCAGAUCGACCAAACAGAGUUGGAGCUCGCCUACGUUAGGCAACAGAUCGCCAUCUACCGGCGGGCGGCGGCCGCCGGCGGCGCCGACCCGGCAAUGAUCCUACCUGCCGCCGCUUCUGCAGCCACCGCUGUGGCCGGGCAGGACAACGCCGGCGUCGCCGUGGGCGCGCUCUACGCCGGUCAAGGACCCGUCCCGGCAGGCGCCGGAGUAAUCUUCCAGGACCAACAAGGUUACCAUGUUCUCAAGGUCGACGACCAGAAUGGUCAUCCACCGCCGCAGCAGCUCUACAACUACUUCUGCUACGGGAUGGCCGGCGACGAGGCGACAAGCCCCGACGGGAGCGUGCAGCAGCAGUACGGCUUUGCCGACGCCGCCGGUGUCAAGAUGGGGUCGCCGGCGGGCCUCGGCGAGCAGCUGGAGCAGCAAUGCCGGUUAGAGGCGGUGCCGUUUGUGGACGCGUUCGACGUGAAGCCACAGGCCAUGCCGGCGACAAUAGAACACCACGGCCCUGCUGGCGUCGUGCGUCGAGAGGACAAGCUGGCCGCUGCGGUGCUGAAGCACGACGUUGAUCAGCACAUGGAGGAGCCGGCGGAAACAGCGGCGGGGGCGCCAUGCGAGUUGGAGUUAGGCUUCUCCUCCUUCUAA